UAAAAUGAACUUGUUACAUCGUAGCAAACAAUAUGAAUAUUAAAAAUGGCGACAGUCGGCAAAAGUCCUUCGAAACGGAAAUCAACAAAAUUAAAAAGUUCCACAAGCAGUUCUUUGGGUGCCCCUCCAGCAUCGAAAAAGAAGAAAUCGAAUCCUAUCCCUCCUCUUCCGCCAGUAGAAAAUGAAGAACUAGAAGAUCCAAAUAUGACAACAACAGAAUAUGUUGAGAGAAUUCCAAUUUUUAAAGAUCCUAAUUUUGUGCAUUCUACAAAAGGAGCAGCUGGUGCCAAGAAAAGAGGAUGGAAAAACCUGAAACAAAUAGUAGCAUCUGAGCGAGCUGUACAAUGGCCAGUCAGUGCUGUCACUUACAGUAGCAUAGAGGGACCACCAUCAUUCAAACCUGCAAAAAAAUAUUCAGAUAUAUCUGGUCUACAUUCUGAUUACAGAGAUCCACAAAGCAAGUUACGAUAUCAUAAUGUCAAAGAAUUCUCUCAACUACGAAUGCUUCCCAGUGAUUUAGUUACUGCAUAUUUAGCUUUACGCAAAGCUAAUGCACCAGUUCCAUGAAGAAUCCAUUUGUUUUACAACACAUUCUCCUUCAUUCAUGUCCUCAUUAUGUAUGUACAUCACAAACUCUGCAACAUCUGUAUGAAAAUUCUUAUCACUUAUGGAUAUUACACAUUUGAUUUUUUUGGUUAUUUAUUUUUUUGAUGAUGAUAAUAAAUAUUCAUAAAAUA